CUUGAAGAUAACAUUACCUUGACAUACCUGGUAUAGACAUAUUCCGUUGGAUCGAUAGCUUGAUGUUGGUCUCUUGCAAUUUUGACAUAUAUCCAUAGUUUGCCUUGUUGGAGACAUGACCGGUCCACGAGUGAUCUACUGGUUUCGAACGGAUCUACGCUUACAUGACUCGCCGGCAUUGAAAGCAGCAUUGGACCUUGAGCCUUCGGCCUUCUUUCCCAUCUGGUGUUGGGACAGUCAUUACGUCUUCCGGGCCCGAGUAGGCGUGAAUCGAUGGCAAUUCCUCAUCGACUGUCAAAAUGAUGUGUCACAAAGCAUCACCAAGUUGAAUCCCAAGAGCAAACUAUUCGUCCUGCGGGAACCAGCGAUCACACUCCUCCCCAAGCUGUUCAAAGCCUGGAAGAUCUCACAUUUGGUCUUUGAGAAGGAUGUCGACGCCUACGCAGCCGAGCGAGACGAAGAGGUCAAGAAGUUGGCCAGGGAUGCCGGCGUCGAGGUCAUCGUCAAGUCCGGCCGCACUCUGUGGGACAGCGACGAGAUUGUGAAAAAGAAUGGCGGCAAACCAACGAUGAGCAUAACUCAACUACAAGCCGCAGGCGCCAAGAUCGGACCCAUCGAGAAGCCUGUCCCCACACCCAAAAGUCUCCCAGACCCCGGAGAUACGCCGAUCAAGUUCAAUCACACCAAACCCGAGUCGAAACCCGACAUGAACGAGCCAUGGCGCGACGACGCCGAAACCUCCUUCGACUCCGGAAUCGCCGGGCCCAACGGGGACUUCGCGCCUCCCACCCUCGAGGAAUGCGGUUUCAAAGCAGCGACGACCCAACACCGGGGCGGCGAGAGCGUGAUCCUCGAGCUCCUCGAAGAGAGGCUCGCGGACGAAGACUACACCGCGACGUUCGAGAAGCCCAAGACCUCCCCGGCCGCGUUCGAGCCGCAGUCCACCUUCCUCACCUCGCCCUACCUCCACUUCGGCGCGCUCAGCUGCCGCUACUUCUACCACCGCGUCGACGCCAUCCUCGAGCGACGCCGCCGAGCCAAGAAGCCCACGUCCUCCCCGCCCGCCAGCCUCCACGGCCAGCUGCUCUUCCGGGACAUGUACUUCGGCGCGCAGGCGGGCCUCGGCUGGUCCUUCGGCCAGACCUACAACAACCCCAAAUGCCGCUUCAUCCCCUGGCACCUGCCGAGCAGAGUCGACGUCGCGACCCGGCGGAGCACCGGCGGGUACGAGGUCGACGACGCCGAGAAGGAGGUCUGGCUCCGGCGCUGGACGGCCGGGACCACGGGGUUCCCGUGGAUCGACGCCAUCAUGCGCCAGCUCCGCCAGGAAGGCUGGAUCCACCACCUCGCGCGGCACUCGGUGGCCUGCUUCCUCACGCGGGGCGGCUGCUACAUCAGCUGGGAGCGGGGCGCGGACGUGUUCGAGGAGCUGCUGAUCGACCACGAGUCGGCGUGCAACAUCGGGAACUGGCAGUGGCUGUCGUGCACGGCCUUCUUCGCCCAGUUCUACCGCUGUUACAGCCCCGUGGCGUUCGGGAAGAAGUGGGACGACGACGGCGAUUAUAUCCGGAAAUAUGUGCCCGAGCUGAAGGAUCUCCCCAAGAAGUACAUCUACGAACCGCACAAGGCGCCGAUCCAGGAUCAGAAGAAGGCCGGGGUGAUGAUCAGGGGGGACGGGUCGGAGACGGAGGCGGGCGGAUUGAAGGUUUAUCCCAAACCGAUGUUCGAUUUCAACAGCCGCAGGGACAUCUGCCUCCAGGGCAUGAAAUCGGCGUACAACGUGGGGUUCUACGGAGACAACCCCAAGGUGCUGGAUGGGACAUGGAAGCAAGCGUUCGACGAUGACGCCGAGGGACCGACAGAGGGCGACAAAGGCGGCCCGGGAGGUCUCGGUUCCUGGGAGGACGCGGACGGCGCCGAGGGGGAAUCUAAGCACGACGAUGGCCCUGAAGAAGAAGAAGAAGAGGGCGGACGCAGCACGACCAAGCCGCGGGGCCACAAGCGCGAGAACAGUCAGAGCAAGUUAGACUUUGGCAAGGGGAAGAAGAAAGCGAAGAAGUGAAUUAUGGAGGAUGAAAAUUAAGCGAUCGAUACUUUAAUAGAUAAUUUGGGUCGCUGUACUAGUAGUAGUGGUAGUAGAUAAGGAAUGUAAAUGCUAGAGGGACGACGCCUGAAAU